GAACAAUGAGUGGAGGGUUAGCACCAAGCAAAAGUACUGUUUAUGUGUCCAAUCUGCCCUUUUCAUUGACAAAUAAUGACUUAUACAGGAUUUUUUCCAAAUAUGGCAAAGUGGUUAAAGUUACAAUUAUGAAGGACAAAGACACACGGAAAAGUAAAGGCGUUGCAUUUAUUUUAUUCUUGGAUAAAGAAUCGGCACAGAACUGUUCUCGGGCACUUAACAAUAAGCAACUCUUCGGGAGAGUAAUCAAAGCAAGUAUUGCUAUUGACAAUGGGAGAGCUGCAGAAUUCAUCCGCAGGCGAAACUACUAUGACAAAUCAAAAUGUUAUGAAUGUGGGGAAACAGGACACUUAAGCUAUGCUUGUCCUAAAAACAUGCUAGGAGAACGUGAGCCACCCAAGAAGAAAGAAAAGAAAAAGAGGAAGAAAGCUAUCGAGGCAGAAGAAGAAAUUGAGGACCUGGAAGAAAGUGAAGAAGAAGGAGAAGACCCUGCCCUUGAUAGUCUCAGCCAAGCUAUAGCUUUCCAGCAAGCCAAAAUUGAAGAAGAGCAGCAAAGAUCAGUGCAGACUGCAGGAGAGCCUUCAACAUCUGACUCAAGGCGUCCCCGCAUCAAAAAAAGUGCAUAUUUCAGCGAUGAAGAAGAACUUAGUGAUUAACUUUUAUAUAUUGUGUAAAUUUGUAAAAUGUAGAUUUGUGUCCUGUAGAAAGUUUGUUUCAGCUAAAGAAAGUAGCUGCUAUAACUUGCCUACUGCUGUAAAUAAAAAGUAUAGUAUAGUGAGAACACCAAAUAUUUCUACGAUUAUGAAUUAAUCUUAGUGGUUA